AUGUUUUUCAUCAUAACAGAUCGUUUUCUUUGCAUUUCUUUGCACAUUAAAUAUGUUUAUAUUGUCACAAAACAACGGUUGGUGAAAUUUAUAAUUGCAACUUGGAUUAUAAGUGGACUUGCAGCAUUACCAGUAAUUAUUGGUGAUAUUUACUUUGAACACUACUACCUUAUUCUUUACUAUGAUCUUGCUCUGACAAUUACAGAUGUAGUUUAUGUUUUGAUAGCUGUGGUGGUCUAUUCGAUAAUUGGUUUGCAUUUGAAGCAAAGAAGAAGAAAUUUUCAACAGAAUGUUAGAAAUGGGGAGUCAGUAACGAACGCAAAACAAUUCAUCGUACCGUUUUUACUCGUUUCUACUUUUAUAAUAUUUUCAUCCAUCCCGAAAUGUAUAAUUACAUGGUGGGUAUGGAAAUGUGACAAAGAUAACAUAGACAUAAACAUCGAAAUUAUUUUUGAAAUCAGAGGUUUUUUAAUAUUCUGUGGAUAUCUUGUUGAUCCAAUCAUUUACGUAUCUCUUAACAAAGCAUUGAGGGGUGUCGCACUCAAUUAUCUGUGUUGUAAACGAAUCCAUUCAGCGCCAUCAGAUAAUUCAACAGCGUUACGAAACAUCGCCGUUGUUAAUGGCGAAGCCGUAUCGCACCAUCGGAUCGAUAAAGCAGCUGGAACAAUCGUCCGUGAACCGAAGGUCAUAUGUAUAAGUUCCACGUGA